AUGUCGGCCAACUGGGUAGGGACGAAGCUGAGGCUCGAAUGGCAGCGUGGCAUCGCCCAGUCGUGCCUUCCGUAUGUCAUCGUCUACCAAGGUUGCAUGACCGGGCAAAGAGGGAAGGAGCCAAGCCCCGAUGCAGAGCUUGAAAAGCAAAAGGGGGGAGCCCCAAAAUCUGUCGGGCGACAAGAAACUGCGGCCAACGUCUGCUUUCGCGAUAGCUUCAAUUUCGGUGCCUACUCGCAUGGUAUAACACACGCACGUGCUACACGAAAGAGCGACUAG